AAUCAUAGUUGCCGGGGGUCAAAAGGGGGCGGCCCGUAUCUAUGAACUAGUUGGCCAAGGCCUACUCUAUUGCAGCCUCAUGCAUAUACAUAAUCAUAUAACGUCAGCCCUUGGUGAUGAAUUCUCUAAUUUCCCAAUUACCUACCACCAUCUCAACAGACCAUUCUCAUCGAAGAUGGGCACAUACCUGGUUGCAGCUACACUUGCUUUUCGAUUCCAUGUAGCUAGUGGGGUUUCUACGCAUGACGAUCAUUUUGGUGGCUUCAAGGGAGCACAUUCACCAACUCAUCUACAGCUCUAUAGACAUGGCUUGCAGAGGAUCUACAUUUCAAUAUUCCGAGACAUGAGCAUUCGUGAGACAUCUCCUACUAUCUUAGCUUUCCAAUAGUUGAAUUCCGAGGGCAUAUCACCACACCUUCGUGCAGAUAUAUCGCAUCUAGCCGUCUACAAAGAUGUACGUACAUUGGACAGCCACUUUAGAAUAUUUUCGUUAUACAUAGCCGAAGUGCUCUUGGUGUCGCGUAAGCGUAGCGUUGAGCUCGGCAGUGUUACCCCCCGCGCAUACUGCACAGAUGGACAAGUUUCACCUAUCACCCGAAGCCCGGCAUGCGCCAGAUCGCGAAGACACAAAAGGGCGUACGGCCUCAUCUCGCCAAAGCGUCGACGAUGCUGAACAUCCGCACGCGUGGGCCAACAUGAAUCCAACAAGUGUUCACCGGGCUCCACGGAAGCUCGUGCUGUGUUUCGACGGAACUGGUAAUAAAUUUAGAGGGGACGAUAGCGACAGCAACAUAUUGAAAAUCUUCAGGUGUCUGGAUCGCGAGGCUGGUGAUCAGUUUCACUACUAUCAACCGGGAAUAGGGACAUACGUCGUCUCUAACUCGUUAUCUCAUACAAGCCUAAGUGCUAGAGUCCGAUCAUGGUACCUCAAGGCUAAGGACUCCGCCGUAGGGUCGAGUUUCGACCAUCAUGUUGUCGGUGGUUAUCGGUUUCUCAUGCGUUUCUAUCAGCCGGGUGACGAGAUAUAUUUUUUUGGUUUCUCUCGUGGAGCUUAUGUGGCGCGUUUCCUAGCCGAGAUGCUUGAUUACAUCGGGUUGCUUUCUCAUGGCAACGAGGAAAUGGUCACAUUCGCUUGGAAAGCCUUCUCAUCAUGGCAGAGUCGUCAAGCCGGGCAAGAUGAAGAGCAUCAAGCUAAGCGACGUGAGAUGUAUCGUUUCAUGAAAGGUUUUCGAGAGACGUUCAGCCGUCCUGUGAAAAGGAUUCGAUUUCUGGGAUUGUUCGACACCGUCAACUCUGUGCCUCGAUUUGAGACUGCGUGGAUGCAAAGAUCAAAAAUGCCGUAUACAGCGCGAAGUAGUGCUAAGGUCAUCCGACAUUGCGUGUCUAUAGAUGAACGGCGAGCCAAGUUCAGACAGGAUCUCAUCUACCAAGGAGCUAACAAGGGUCGAGGACACCGACACUUGCACGAAAUUGUCCACGAGAAAUAUCGCGCAAAGCGAAGCGCCGCCGUGGCGUCCAACUCCAACGUCAAGCUAGAGAGAGGGCGCCGUGAAACUUUGGCACCCCCUGAGGAACGCGCAUUCCGGCCCCACUCACGGUCCAGAUCUCGGACGACAAAGAAUUCUGUUGAUUUAACGAGCCAACCGGGGGAUGACCAUUCUCGCGUCAUAGAUGACGCUGAAGAGUCGGAUGAUGAUGAGCAGGAUAUCGAUGAAAUCUGGUUUGCCGGUGGCCACGGAGACGUCGGGGGAGGAUGGGAGAUCACUUUGGACAGCAAGUCUACAAGUCAUGUUCCCUUAACCUACAUGAUUCGCGAAGCCCAAAGAGCAGGCCUCAACUUUGAUCCUGAGAAACUGAUCGAAAUGGGAGUCACUGACGUAUUCGACGACCCUGACACCAAUAACAAUCGUGCUGACGGCCCUGUUCCUAAUAUUCGCAUCGACGAGUCGAGCCCACCACUGGAAAAUGCUUCAACUCGGGCUGAACCAAUAGAUUGGAAUCACUUCAAUUACACUGGCGAGGAAGAGAAGACUGAGCUGCGACCUUUCCAUCAUAUGCUCCAAAAGGCCCACCUGGCGAGGAUCCAUGAUUCUUUGGAAUUUUCGUCGGGUUUAAGCAAAGGCCAAGUACUCAGCUGGAAGAUAAUGGAGUAUAUGCCUUUCAGGCGAAUGGAUCUGCAGCCCGAUGGGUCGUGGAAACCCAUCCGCUGGCCGCUGCCAUGCGGUGAGGUGCGCGAUAUUCCUCACACUGCCAGGGUCCACGGCUCAGUGAUUCGACGGAUGAAGGAGGACAAGACUUACCGCCCCGGAAACUUAAUCAUCGGUGGCGGCGGACGCGGAAUGCGUAGAGCCCCAGAUGAGUUUGGUAUCGGGGAGUGGGAGUGUGUUCAAGACCGAGAUGAUCCCGUAGGGGAGGUUUGGGUGAAGAAGAUGCCCGCCCAGGAUGGGGCUUGAAAGUCCAAAAUUUUCUACUACAAUCCAAACGAAUAACGUAACUUCGCCUGGACUCGCAAAAGAGUGGCUUGAAACUACAAGUUUGUUAGUAACCCGAGAAUAUGAUGUUCAAUUAAUUUGAACAAUAGGUACCUAGGUAUUCCAAAAAUAGUUGAGUUGCUAGAAUUCCUAGCCUACUAGUCACUUACCCCUAUUUAUGGUUACUGGUUUUAAAAUAGUUGUCAAUUACGAACCUCUACCACGGAUUCGUAUACAUCGUGAUUUUGCUACGAUCAACUUAAAUAUACCCU